CCACGUGUAAAGCCCCAUCACUGCAGUCUUUAUCGUUUGCUUAACGACGAAGAAGCGUUCAAUGGAGGGUCAAAAUCGUCAUUUUUCCGCCAACACGCGUUAGCAUAAUCUCGUAAAACGACGUAUCUUUCUGGUUUUGGUUUUAUUUUUCUUUAUUCUCUAUUCCCUUUUUCGGACAAAACACUUUCGACGAACCUAUUAAGUUUUGCCCGGAAAGAAUUUCGCUACUAAAACUCGGUGAUGGGCCUACUCUCUAACAGAGUGUCGAAGGAGUCUCUGAAACCAGGGGAUCAUAUCUAUUCUUGGAGGACUGCUUAUAUUUAUGCCCAUCACGGCAUCUAUAUUGGAGAUGACACAGUGAUUCACUUCACCAGACGUGGGCAAGAAGUGGGAACGGGAACUUUCUUGGAUCUCCUCUUGGUUAGUUCUGGACCAGCUCGAUCACUGGAGCCCUGCUCUGUUUGCAGUCCAUCUGAGGAAGGCAGUGGGGUUGUUUCCUCUUGCCUGAAAUGUUUCCUUGCUGGUGGCAUCUUGUACCGUUUCCAGUACGCUGUCAACCCUGCUCUUUUUCUUGCAAAAGCUCGUGGUGGAACUUGCACCUUAGCCGUUUCAGACCCAGCUGAUAUUGUGGUCCAUCGAGCAAAGUACCUACUUGACAAUGGAUUCGGUUGCUAUAAUAUUUUCAAGAACAAUUGUGAAGACUUUACUAUCUACUGCAAAACUGGACUGCUUGUCGUUGAUCAGGGAACAUUGGGGCAAAGCGGCCAAGCUGUGUCGAUAAUUGGAGGACCUCUAGCUGCCGUCCUGUCCACGCCAUUGCGUCUUGUUACCACCAAUAUUUAUGGGAUGGCAGCAACUGCUGUUGCAGUCUAUUGUGGUAGUAGAUAUGCUGCUGACAUUGGAAGGAGAAGAGAUGUGGUAAAGGUACCUGUUGAGGAUUUGACUAGAAGGCUUGCGACUGGCUUGCUCCAAGUUGUCGAAUCCCAAAUUUCGGCAUCUCCACUUCAAGACUCAUCCCAGAUUGUCACCCGGUGACCAUGGACUUUGGUGGUUGCUCUUGGUUCGUGUUUAUUGCAUGAACGAAUCAAGGUUUCCUAUAUUAUGUAUUGGUACUUUUCUUUGAGUGAUAAUUUCUGAUACUAUUGAAUGCUUACUUCUAUUGGAAAUGCUUUUAUUUCUUAUCUGUUGAGAAGUGUUUUAAGAGCAUCGAAUAAUAUAUCUUAUGUAUAAUGUAUUCUAUUAAUCUAAGGUGACUGCUUAUGUGGUUUAUAAACCUGGCGGUUACCAUAGUUUGAACCCAAACAUAACGAUACAACGCCGAGUUCUCUCUUAUUUUCACAA